AAAUCGGAAGUAAAUACGAAGUUUCAGGCUCCACUCUGGCUAGAAAUUAAUCAGAAUAGUGCAUAAAUAAGGAGGUCAUCAUUAAGAAGGUAUCUCUUUCUAUAUAUCGAAGAAAAUGGCUGGAAAACUUCGUCCGAUCUCUUGCAUUGCAGCAAUGGAUUCCAAAAGAGGCGUUGGCAAAGAUGGCGACCUAGCAUGGCACCUAAAAAAUGAGAUGAAAUACUUUUCAAGAAUAACUUCAGAUGUGGAAGAUAAAAAUAAAGAGAAUGCAGUAAUAAUGGGACGCAAGACAUGGGAGUCUAUACCUGAAAAGUACAGACCUCUUCCUGACAGGCUAAACAUUGUCCUGAGUAGAACAAUCAAAGCUGCCCCAGAGAAAGCAGAGAAAGUGUUUUCCAGCCUUGACGAUGCCUUUACAGCUUUGUCUAAAGAGCCUUAUAUCAACACUAUUGAGAAAGUGUUUGUUAUUGGUGGGCCUACAGUCUAUAAGGAUGCUAUUGCGCAUGAAUGCUGUAAGAAGAUCUAUCUCACCCACAUUGAUCAUGAUUAUGACUGUGAUAUAUUUUUCCCUGAGUUCGAUACAAAUGUCUACAAACUCGGCAGUGAGGAAGGCGUUCCAGCAGAAGUUCAGAAAGAAAAUGGAGUAACUUACAAGUUCUGUGUCUACGAAAGGGAUUAACUUUAACCUUAGACAUCAAUGUCUAAUAAUGUAUUGUUAAAUAAUAAUAUUGAAUCUGUAUAACCACAAUAAAUAUUUGCACAUCAUAAAAAAACCUGUGAAAGAAACUGGGCCUGGUUGUAUUAAGGGUGUACAGCGUUAUACAACCAAUAAAUCUUAUUCAGUGGA